AAGCAGCGUAUCACGUGGGCAAUCUUGUGCGGUUACCGUGGCGACCAUCUAAAGCAUCACGAAACAGCGAAUAGUAGUAAAGUGCAGGAGGGGGAGGUGACGGUACCGCAGGUGGGGUCAGGGGAGGAGGGCGCAGCAGGUGGCACUGGGAUCCCCCUCUGGUCCAGCAGUGGUAGGGCGCUGUUCAGACGAUGGCUUCAUUGGUUGUGUAGUGAUGUUAUGUAGUGAGUUACUCCUCGGAGGGCGCUGACACCUGGACUGAUAGAACUACAGCACGUACCGAUCUAUCGCCAGCACAGGUACAGGAGCCCGAAGUCAUGCAGCCAGUACCGGUGGCAGCCAAUGGAGGGCGCAGUUUAGCCCCCCUCGCCCAGCAGCCUGCUGUCAAAGCCGUGCACGUUUACCGGAACGGAGACCCCUUCUACCGCGGCCGCCGCAUGAUCAUCCACGAGAAGAGGGUCGGCUCCUUUGACGUUUUCCUGAAGGAUGUCACCGGCAAGGUCCAGGCACCCUUUGGGGCAGUACGGAACAUUUACACCCCCAAACAUGGGCACAGGGUCUCCUCUCUGGAGGAUCUGCAGCCAGGAGAAUGCUACGUGGCCGGAGGAAAGGAGACUUUCAAGAAGUUGGACUACUUACAUAUUGGCGAGAACAAGAAAAAGCCAGUAGAUCCCCUGAGCCAGUCUCCCACAGAGGAUGUGAAACCUGUGUCCCACAGCAGAAUCAAUGUAUCGGCACGAUUUAGAAAAAACUUUCAAGAGCCGUGUACUGUGUUCCUUAUUGCUAAUGGAGAUAUCAUGAACCCAGUGGUACGUUUAUUGCUACCUAGAAAAGUCCUGGACCAGUGGGAACUUGUUCUAGCCAUGGUUACUGACAAAGUGAAACUCCGGAAUGGAGCAGUACACAGAUUAUACACCCUAGAAGGAAUUCCCAUUAAUGAUGGCUCUGAACUAGAAAAUGGACAAUUUUAUGUUGCAGUUGGUCGAGACAAAUUCAAAAAGUUGCCAUACAGUGAUCUGAUAUUCUCAAAGUCAUCUGUUAGAAGGGCACAAGGAUCCAAAGCAUCUUCGUUGCCUCCAAUAAAUGGAUAUAGAAAAUCCAAGGAGAAUAGGCAAGAACGUCACACAAAAUCUACUGGAGGUUCUGCUGAUACUGUAGAUCAUCUCAUAUCUCCUCAACCCCCUAAAACAAAAGGAAAGCGAAACCCAGAACCUCAAAUACUAAACAAACCCGUUCGUGUGAAACAGAAGAAAGAAAUGAACAAUAAUGCGGUCUACCCAGAGAAUGCCAAUGUCCUUGAUAAAACAACAAGUGACCUCUCCGGAGCAGGCUGCCUUGGUCUGGAGGAUAGAUCAAACUGUAAAACACAAACUAUUGUGAUUCUUAGUUACAGGCUCAGCAGCUCUUCAGGCAUUAAACUGUCUCAGCAAGUAAUAGAAGAUGAUGGCAUUUUCAAAGCUGGCGAAGGCAGAUCAGAAAUGUGGGGGGCAUCAGAAGUUCAGGAAGAUGAAAACACGAAAGUGGAGGUUCCGGUUGAUCAGAGAGUGGCUGAAACAGUUGAAGAAGAAGUAAGAGACAAUGAAGGUGAGGAGGCUGUUGAAGAAGCAGAUCACAUCCAUGAAGAUGAAACAGGUGAAAACGAGGAGCAGAACAUGGUAAGUCAUGAAGUGGAAGCAAACCAUGGGAAGAUGCACAAUGAUUCAGAAGAUGGGAUUAAUAAUUAUGGAGAUGGACGUUGGGAAGUUAACAGUGAUGUUAAUGGGAGAGAAGAAGAUGAAGAUGAAGGCCAUGAUGGAAACACAAAUGAUCAAAGUCAGGCUGAAUAUUCCCUUCCAAGGCCAACAUCAUCAAGACUUUUGGAGAAGGUCUCCACUCCUACUGAAGAUGAGCAGAAGGAGGUUGUUGCUGAAGACUAAACUGAAGAGGCUAACCCCUGUUCUACAAUGCUACCUUGAUACUUGAAUCUGCAUGUUUUAUUGUAUCAUUACAAAGCUGAAGAAUUUUACUAUAUGUUUGUAGAAGGGUGCAUACCUCUAUUCACACCCUUAUAUUAAACGCAUCAGAAUAUGCACUGUUUUGAGGCAGGUUAUUUUUUAUGGAGAAUGUCGUUUCUUUCUAUUUAUUAGGGUUCUUUUUAUACAGCCAGAUGUUUUGUAAUCAUAAUUUGAACAUUUCUUUUGUGAAGCCAUAUUACAUUAUAUGUAACUUUGCACUAUUACCAGUCUCUUCCUAUUUAGCCAUUGCUUGUACUACUUUUAUUACAUUUGGAGUACCAAUCAAUAGGAAAUUACAAAGUAACAUAUGGCACCAAUCUUUAGUUUUCUAAACCUGUCAUACAAGGGGGCAUGAUGCCAUUAGUUGCUAUGUGCCACAUCUUGUUUUUCUUAGCUAAUUUCUCCAGAUAUACAGAGAUUCCAAUAUGUUUAAUAGAAUUCCACAUAACACAAUUACAAUGCAUAGUAGUCAGCUUUUGGUCUUUAGUCAGACACUGAAUAUACAGCAACAGUCAGCUUCUUGUUAUAUGUUCUCUACCAAGAGACAAUGCUAAUGCUAAUGAGAAAACAUCUAACAUCGCUAUAGCUAUUGUACAUUACACAACACCAUGUGGCGGCCGUUGACAGUAAUUUACAUUGUGCAUGUAAAGAUUUUAUGGGCUCUGUUUAAUAGCCGGUGAUGUCUGAUACUGAGCGCCGACUCAGGGGAAUAUCGACAACAGUUUAGAAAUAAUGACCUAUGUCCCAUUCUGCAUGUUUACUGUGAUCACCAGCUUGAAAUGCACUAACAUUUACCCAGUGUGUCCUUGUAAAGUGGAAAUGUCAUUGUCAUUAAAUAGAAAUCCUUCCGCACACAGAGCCAGCUAAGAAAGUCCUACCAUACACUAGACCUAUAUAUGGCGGGUAAAUUAAUCUUGCAUACUUAUAGAUCACCAAAGUGGUCCAAAAAAACCUUGUUUCCCAAAUAUAAAAUAUAACUUUAUUAAAGGGGUUAUCCAGGAAAAAACUUUUAUAUAU